AUCAAGAAGAAUUAUCUUCUAGUUCAAAUACAGAACAAGUAUCAGAUACAGAACAAGUAUCAAAUACAGAACAAAUAUCAGAUAUAGAGCAAGUAUCAGAUACAGAACAAGUAUCUACCAAAAGAUUUCAUAUUC